ACCUGGUAUCCCGAUCUAUUUUGAGCACCUUAUGCGGGCAGUCCGGGCUCAGGCCUCGGAAACCUUUUUCCAGGAGCACUGUGAAGUGCUGAGCGGGAACCAGCUCGACACGGGCAGGGCCGGGAUCCGUGUCCGCGCCAGACGCUUCAAUCGAAAUCAAUAUGAUCCGCCGGACGACCCGCGUGACUAUAUUCAUCGUGCCCGAGGUCGAACUGCCCAUGCGGACAAGGUGGGGAGAAGCUUGAUGUUCCUGCUGCCGAGUGAGCUUGGGUUCCUACGGUAUUUGAGCGGAAGUUCCGCUAAUUGAAUUCAGCUUCCUGGCAGAAAAGAUUGCGAAUGUGCAGUCACAG